CUGGCCCGGCGCGGAGCUGGGCGCAUGGCGCCGGGUGCACGGCUCCGGGGCUGCGAACAAAGGACCCCCGGGGGUGGCGGCGCGGGGAAGUCCCCCCUCCGACCCUGCGGCCAGGGCCUGGCCCCUUCCCCGGGUGCAACGACCCCACGGAGCCUGAAAAUGAAGGGCGACCUACUCGGGCUGUUGGUCCGGUUCCUGCUCUUGCUGCUAUCGCCCCUGUCGCUAAGGGACGGCGUGCGCGCCGCGCAGCCCCAGGCCCCGGGCUAUUUGAUUGCUGCUCCCUCUGUUUUCCACUCAGGAGUGGAGGAAGUCAUCAGUGUGACCAUCUUUAAUUCCCUAAGGGAAGUCAUGGUCCAGGCUCAGCUGGUGGUCCAGGGUGAGGCGGUGGUGCAGAGCGAGGGAGCCGUCCUUGAUAAACGGACAAUCAAACUCAAGGUGCCCACAGGCCUCCGUGGCCAGGCGCUCCUGAAGGUGUGGGGUCGCAGCCAGCAGGCAGAGGAGGGUCCCCUCUUCCACAACCAGACCUCAGUGACAGUGGAUGGCCGGGCCACCUCCGUGUUCAUCCAGACGGACAAGCCAGUGUACAGGCCCCAGGACCGAGUGCUUGUAAACAUCUUCGCCAUCUCCCCAGACCUGAGGCCCGUCAAUGAGAAGCUGGAAGCCCACAUCCUGGACCCUCAAGGCUCCCGGAUGAUGGAGUGGGGACAUCUGAAGGCGCUCUGCUGUGGCAUCACCAACUUGAGCUUCCCCUUGUCUGACCAGCCUGUGUUGGGAGAAUGGUUCAUUUUUGUUGAAAUGCAAGGCCACGUGUACAACAAGUCCUUCGAAGUUCAGAAGUAUGUGUUGCCCAAGUUUGAGCUGCUGAUUGAUCCACCCCAGUACAUCCGAGACCUCGAUGCCUGUGAGACAGGCACUGUGCAGGCCAGGUAUACCUUUGGGAAACCUGUGUCAGGGGCCUUAACCAUUAACAUGACUGUACAUGGUGUGGGUUACUACAGCCACGAGGUGGGGCACCCUGUCCUCAGAACCACAAAGAUUCUUGGCUCCCAAGACUUUGACAUCUGUGUGAAGGACAUGAUCCCAGCGGACGUCCCUGAACACUUCCGGGGCAGGAUCAGCAUCUGGGUGAAGGUGACCAGUGUGGAUGGGAGCCAGCAGGUUGCAUUUGAUGACUCUACUCCUGUCCAGAGGCAGCUGGUGGACAUCCACUACUCCAAGGACACAAGGAAGCAGUUCAAGCCAGGCCUGGCCUAUGUGGGGAAAGUGGAGCUUUCUUACCCGGAUGGCAGCCCUGCUGAGGGGGUGACGGUCCAGAUUAAGGCAGAGUUGACACCAAAGGACAACAUCUACACCAGUGAAUCUGUGUCCCAGGGUGGACUGGUGGAGUUUGAAAUUCCUUCCAUCCCCACAUCAGCCCAGCAUGUUUGGCUGGAGACCAAGGUGACAGCACUGAAUGGGAAGCCCGUAGGGACCCAAUACCUGCCCAGCUACCUCUCCCUGGGCAGCUGGUACUCUCCCAGUCAGUGCUACCUGCAGCUGCAGCCGCCCUCCCGCCCCCUGCAGGUGGGAGAGGAAGCCUAUUUUUCUGUAAAGUCCACGUGUCCCUGUAGCUUCACACUGUACUACGAGGUGGCUGCACGGGGCAACAUCGUGCUCUCAGGACAGCAGCCUGCCCACGUCACCCAGCAGCGAAGCAAGCGGGCGACCCCUGUCCUGGAGAAACCGAUUCGUGUAACGCACCUUUCUGAGACAGCGCCUCCUCCAGCACCAGCAGCUGAGGUCAACGUGUGUGUGACCUCUCUUCGGCUACCUGUGACCCCUAGCAUGGUCCCCCUUGGCCGACUGCUGGUCUUCUAUGUCCGGGAGAAUGGAGAAGGGGUUGCAGACAGCCUCCAGUUUGCAGUCGAGACCUUCUUUGAAAACCAGGUUUCAGUGACAUAUUCAGCCAAUGAGACCCAACCUGGGGAGGUUGUUGACCUGCACAUAAGGGCUGCAAGGGGCAGCUGUGCAUGCGUCGCUGCUGUCGAUAAGAGCAUCUACCUGCUCAGAUCUGGCUUUCGGCUGACCCCUGCCCAGGUUUUCCAGGAAUUGGAAGAUUAUGAUGUUUCUGAUGCCUUUGGUGUGCCCAGGGAGGAUGGACCCUUCUGGUGGGCUGGGCUGAUGGCCCGACGUCGCCGGCGCUCCUCUGUCUUCCUGUGGCCCUGGGGUGUCACCAAGGACUCCGGGUUUGCCUUUACCGAAAUGGGAUUGGUGGUGAUGACUGACCGAGUGAGCCUGAACCACCGGCAGGACGGCGGCCUGUACACCGACGAAGCUGUCCCUGCCUUCCAGCCGCACACGGGGAGCCUCAUGGCAGCAGUCCCUUCCAGGUACCCCUCCAGAGCAGAGAAGAAAAAAAGGACUUUCUUCCCUGAAACAUGGAUUUGGCAUUGUCUCAACAUCAGUGACCCGUCUGGUGAGGAGACUCUCAGUGUGCAGGUCCCUGACUCCAUCACAAGCUGGGUGGCCGAGGCUGUGGCCCUGUCCACCGCUCAGGGCCUGGGCGUUGCCGAGUCCGCCCUACUGAAGACCUUUAAGCCCUUCUUUGUAGACUUCACGCUGCCCUCUCUCAUCAUCCGUGGAGAGCAAGUCAAGAUUCCGCUCACUGUCUACAACUACAUGGGCACCUGUGCAGAGGUGUACCUGAAGCUCUCAGUUCCCAAGGGCAUCCAGAUUGUUGGGCAUCCUGGCAAGCGCCAUCUGACAAAGAAGAUGUGUGUGGCCUCUGGGGAGGCUGAGCCCACCUGGGCUGUUCUGUCCUUCAGCGACCUGGGCCUCAGCAACAUCACAGCCAAAGCCCUCGCUUACGGAGACACGAGUUGCUGCCGGAAUGGGAGACCUGGCAAACACCCAGAGGAGAAUCACACCGACAGGAGGAUCCCCACUGGGAUGGAUCACGUCAGGCGCAGUGUGAUGGUUGAGCCUGAAGGAGUCCCCCGGGCGUACACAUACAGUGCUUUCUUCUGUCCCAACGAGAGAGUCCACAUCUCCACUCCAAACAAGUACGAGUUCCAGUAUGUGCAGCGGCCACUGCGCCUCACCCAUUUUGACGUGGCUGUGCGAGCCCACAACGAUGCCCGUGUGGCCUUGUCUUCUGGGCCCCAGGACACAGCGGGCAUGAUCGAGAUCGUGCUGGGGGGGCAUCAGAACACAAGGUCAUGGAUCUCCACCAGCAAGAUGGGCGAGCCUGUGGCCAGUGCCUACACAGCCAAGAUCCUCUCCUGGGAUGAAUUUAGAACAUUCUGGAUCAGCUGGCAUGGCGGGCUCAUUCAGGUGGGUCAUGGUCCAGAGCCAUCCAACGAAUCUGUCAUUGUGGACUGGACCCUCCUGUGGCCACCAGAGGUCCAGUUCAUUGGUUUCUCCACUGGCUGGGGCUCUAUGGGUGAAUUCCGAAUCUGGAGGAAGAUGGAGAUAGACGAGAGCUACAGUGAGGCCUUUACUCUGGGGGUCCCUCACGGCGCCAUCCCUGGGUCUGAGCGAGCCACUGCCUCCAUCAUAGGAGACGUCAUGGGGCCAACUCUGAACCAUCUCAACAACCUCCUACGGUUGCCCUUUGGCUGUGGAGAGCAAAACAUGAUCCACUUUGCUCCCAAUGUCUUUGUCUUGAAGUAUCUUCAGAAAACCCGGCAGCUCAGCCUUGAGGUGGAGAGAGAGACCACUGACUACCUGGUACAAGGCUACCAGCGGCAGCUGACCUACAAGCACCAGGACGGCUCCUACAGUGCCUUUGGGGAGCGGGAUGCAUCGGGGAGCAUGUGGCUCACAGCCUUUGUCCUGAAGUCCUUUGCUCAGGCUCGCAGCUUCAUCUUCGUUGACCCACGAGAGCUGGAGGCUGCCAAGGACUGGAUCAUCCGGCAUCAGCGGGAGGAUGGCUCCUUCCCAGCUGUGGGCAGGAUCCUGAACAAGGACAUCCAGGGUGGGAUCCACGGCACAGUCCCACUGACAGCCUACGUGGUAGCUGCUCUCCUGGAGACUGGCAUAGCCUUGGAGGAGGACAGGGGCACCAUUGCCAAGGCGAGGCACUUUCUGGAGUCCAGCACACUCCUGGCCACAGACCCCUACAGCUGUGCUCUGACUGCCUAUGUACUGACCCUGCUCCACAGCCCAGCAGCCCCCGAGGCAUUACGCAAACUCCACAGCUUGGCCAUCACGCACGAGGGAGUUACCCACUGGAGCCCGACAAGUUCCCAGGACAUGGGCAAGGAUGCAUUUCUGAGCUUCAGUGAUGGGGUCUCUAAGUCAGUGGUGUCAGCCGAGGUGGAAAUGACAGCCUACGCCCUUCUGACCUAUACUCUCCUGGGUGAUGUGGCUGCUGCCCUGCCCAUAGUGAAGUGGCUGUCCCAGCAGCGGAAUGCACUUGGUGGCUUCUCCUCCACUCAGGACACCUGUGUGGCUCUUCAGGCCUUGGCUGAAUAUGCCAUCUUGUCCUAUGCUGGAGGCAUCAACCUCACUGUCUCCCUGGCCUCCACCAACCUGGACUAUCAGGAGACCUUUGAGCUGCACAGGACCAAUCAGAAAGUUCUGCAGAUGGCAGCGAUUCCCAGCCUCCCCACGGGGCUGUUCGUGAGUGCCAAGGGGGAUGGCUGCUGCCUGAUGCAGAUUGAUGUCACCUACAAUGUACCUGACCCAGUGGCCAAGCCAGCUUUCCAGGUGCUUGUUAACCUCCAGGAGCCCAUGACUCAGGGGCACUCUCCACCUGUGCCUGCCUCCUCCUCUGCUAAGGGUCCCCGAAGCAAUCGGCAUCCAGCUGAUGAUGACGACCCAGCAGCGGACCAGCAUCACCAAGAAUACAAGGUGACGCUGGAGGUGUGCACCAGGUGGCUACAUGUAGGGUCCUCUAACAUGGCUGUCCUUGAGGUGCCCCUGCUGUCAGGCUUUCGGGUGGACACCGAGAGUCUGGAGCAGCUGCUCCUUGACAAGCACACCGGGAUGAAGAGGUAUGAAGUGGCUGGACGCAGAGUUCUCUUCUACUUUGAUGAGAUCCCCAGCCGGUGCCUGACAUGCGUGAGGUUCCAGGCACUCCGUGAGUAUGUGGUGGGCAGGACGUCGGCGCUGCCUGUUUCUGUGUACGACUACUAUGAGCCUGCCUUCGAGGCCACACGCUUCUAUAACGUCAGCUGGCGAAGCCCGCUUGCCCAGGAGCUGUGCGCCGGACCCACCUGCAACGAGGUGGAGCGCGCCGCCGCCCGGGGCCCAAGCUGGAUUCCCGGCGAGCCCGGCCCCGCCGUGGCCCCUGAGGAGGGGGCGGCGAUCCCGCGAUGCGGCUGCGCCAGCGACUGCGGUGCCCACAGGGACCCGGUGUGCGGCUCGGACAGGAUGGUCUAUGCCAGCGCCUGCGCUCUUGAGCAGCCGCUGCCUCCAGCCUCUGUGCCCUACACCUACCACGAUGACCCAGGCCCUCUGAACUUGGGGCACCUGCAGGCGGAUGUGAAGCUGAGUGGAGCCCGCCUUGAGGCGGUGGACUCGGACCCAGAGCUGGAAGGGGAGUUGGAGGACAGGUGAGAGCCUAGCCUGUCCAUAAUCACUCCCACCUGUGCUGGCCCUGGGCCGACAGUGAGAGUCAUUCAAAUGGAGGGUCAGCCUGAGAGUUUCUGGGGAGAUCCGUUUUUUCCCUCCACUACACAACCUCCUCCCACAACACACACUGGAGGAGGUGGGGGGCAGGAACCUUCCUGAGUACUUGACCCCAGGACUGACCCAUCCCAGGACCCCAAGGGAAUGGUGAAGAAGGCGCUGCCAAGUGGUCAGGGGAGCCCUGGUUAGUGAGGCUGGGAGAGGGUUGCAGGGCAGACUUCCUGGAGGAGGCAAAUCUUUUGGGUAUGAGAGAAAAUUCAUCUCAAGAGGUUUAAGUAAAAGGUUGAUUUCUUCAGUGCAGUUAUGUGUUCUCCCUCCCUGUCUUGUUGGCAAAGGCAACUUUUCAUCUCCACUGAGCAAACCCAGCAAGGAUACUUUCCCACCAGCAGCCAUGAUAGUCCCUGAUGUUCAGUAGUAUGUCACCACCCCACUCCAAGGCACUGGGGUUUCAUCCAUGUGCAUUUUAUGUCAUUAUUGAUAGGGCUGGGUUUAUUUAGGGCUACCGCUUUAAUACUUGAUUUGUUUAUUUCCUCUGUUCCUCUAUCCAUACCCUGUUUUGUUUUGUUUGAGACAGAGUCUCAUUCUCUUGCCCCAGGUUAGAGUGCCAUGGUGUCAGCCUAGCUCACAGAAACCUGAAACUCUUGGGCUCAAGAGAUCCUCCUGCUUCAGCCUCCUUAGUAGUGCUACCACCACACCAAGUUAAUUUUUCUAUUUUUAGUAGAGACAGGGUCUUACUCUUGCUUAGGCUGGUCUAGAACUCCUGAGCUCAAGCAAUCUACCUGCUUCGACCUCCAGGAGUGUUAGGAUUACAGGCUUUAGCUACUGUACCCGGCCUUUUUUUUUGUUGUUAUUGUUGGGUUUUUUUUGUUUUUUUUUUUUUGAGCAGACCCUCUUUUGAAUUAAUAGCAUGUAUUUUUUUAGAAUUUCAUUUUAAUUUACCUGUUCUCUUUUGGCAUUUUAUUUUUAGUGGUAGCUCUGAGGAUCACAAUGUAAGUCUUUAAGUUUUUCAGAGUCUAUUAGCAUUAAUAUUGUACUUACUUCACCUAAAAUUUUGGAGCUAUAUACAUCCACCUGUCCUCCUAACCCACCCUUUAUGCUAUAGUAUUUGUACAUACAAUUUUCAAUUCUCCCAAGUGUUGCCCACCCACCUCUAAUAUCUUUUAAUAAUCUCUAGUGCCUUUGGAGAUUUUGGAGGGGUUCUUUUUUUGAGGGGGGAUUUUUAUUAAUCUUUUUACUGGGAGAUGAUCAUAGGCUCACAUACAUACAAUUUGUAAGAAAUAAUACUAAAAAGUCAUGUCUCCUCACAUAGUUUCUGCCAAAUGGUAACAUUUUGCAAAAUCACAGUACAGUGUCACAUCUGAAAAUUGACAUUGUUAUAAUC